AUGUUUAUGGCAAGAUCUGAAUACGAUCGAGGUAUCAACACCUUCUCCCCCGAAGGUCGCCUCUUCCAAGUCGAAUACUCCCUCGAGGCCAUCAAGCUCGGCUCCACGGCCAUCGGUGUUGCCACCUCCGAAGGUGUCGUCCUCGGUGUCGAGAAGCGCGUAACCUCGACCCUCCUGGAGACCUCCUCCGUCGAGAAGAUUGUCGAGAUCGACCGCCACAUCGGAUGCGCUAUGAGCGGUCUGCAGGCCGAUGCCCGUUCCAUGGUUGAGCACGCCCGCGUCGAGUCCCAGUCCCACGCCUUCAACUACAACGAGCCCCUCCGCGUCGAGUCGUGCACUCAGGCCAUCUGCGACCUGGCCCUCCGCUUCGGUGAGGGUGCCGAGGGUGAGGAGACCAUCAUGUCCCGCCCCUUUGGUGUCGCCCUCCUGAUUGCCGGCUACGACGAGGACGGCCCCCAGCUCUUCCACGCCGAGCCCAGCGGCACCUUUUACCGUUACGACGCCAAGGCCAUCGGUUCCGGCUCCGAGGGCGCUCAGGCUGAGCUGCAGAACGAGUACCACAAGUCUCUGACGAUUACCGACGCCGAGACACUGGUGCUCAAGACGCUGAAGCAGGUUAUGGAGGAGAAGUUGGAUUCGAAAAACGUGCAGUUAGCGAGCGUAACGAAGGAAAAGGGCUUCAGAAUAUACACGGAUGAGGAGAUGGCCGCGGUCGUGGAGCGACUCCCUGCCAACUAG